AUGCUGCCGACGGAGAUUGUCGACCGUUGUUCGGACGUCACUGGCGUCUGCCCGUCGCGGUAUCUGCAGCCACAACAACGGCGCUUUCUAUGGCGACAUGAACCAGGCUCGCAGACUCGCCGUCGACCACUGGAGCCGUCAAACUCCGCCGGCAACGUCCUCGACCGCCGGAGGGACUCUUUGAGACAACGGCGGCGGCAGCCGUCAAACUUCGUCGUCGUCCUCGUCUACAGCGUACAUUUCAUCCGACGAAGGUCUCCAUCUUCAGCAUUAGUAGAACCGCCGGCGAGAAUCGCCGAUGGUGGCGGGGCGACUACACAUCAGGCGACAAACACUUCAGUCGUGGUUGUUCAAGGAUUUGAUUGCAAUUCUGUUGCUGUGUAA